UCUUUUUCUUUUUUUCUUCUUCUCUAAACAUAAUGAAUCAUCAUCAAGACUGGAGAGAAAUAAAAGUAUCAGCCUUGGUCAAGGAUCAAAAAGUGAUUGAGAUCUCAAGUAAAAUAUCCAUCGAAGAAGCAUGUCAAGUUUUACUUGAGAAUAACAUAUCAUCAGCACCUAUCAAACAUGAGGGAAACUAUAUAGGCGUGUUUGAUUAUGGUGACGUGAUUGCUUAUAUAUUGCUCGUACUACAGCCCAAGGAUAAGGAAAAGGAAGGCUAUAGUAUCCAAGAUAUCAUGAAUAAGGCGUUAAAGGGAGAGAAAGUAUCUGUUGGUUUAGUGAGCGACCUCUCUCGAAAGAACCCAUUUUAUUCUAUUCAACAAGACUCUACAUUGUCAUCAGCCAUUGAAAUAUUUGCUCUUGGAACACAUCGAGUAUGUGUACUGAAGCCUGAUGGUGGAAUACGAGCUAUCCUGUCUCAAUCUACGGUCAUUCAGUAUUUGUAUGAGAAUACGAAGCAAUUUUCAGAGCUUGGUGAAUGCAUGAAUAAGACAAUUCAUCAGCUGAAUCUUGGAAAAGAACCUGUGAUAAGUGUUCCAGCUAAUGCAACUGUGCUGAACGCACUAGUGAUAAUGAGUCAACAUGGCGUCUCUUCUUUAGCUGUUGUGAGUAGUGAUAAAAUCAUUGGAAACAUAAGCAUGACAGAUGUCAAGCAUGUGAUGAAAAGCUAUCGUCAUGGAUUAUUAUGGAAAACGUGUUUUCAAUUUGUGAGUUAUAUAAAAUUAGAGCAAGGCAUCAUAGAAGGGCAGGAUCGAUUACCCGUAUUUGAUGUCCGUCCUGAUACUCAUUUAGGAUUCGCUAUUGCCAAAUUACUUGCAACAAGGGCACAUCGUGUUUGGGUAACAGAUGAAAAGCAGCAACUACUUGGCGUUGUUUCUCUUACAGAUAUCUUUCGUAUUCUUGCUACUGUGGCUGGCAUUAAGCUACCAAAUGAAAAUCGUAGAACGAGUUUGAAUGUUAGUACUUUCAACAGAAGGGACAUAAAAUAAAAAAAAGGUACACCUUUUCAUGUUUAUACUCAGCUACUCAUCAUCACCCAUCAUCAUCAUCAUCAUCAUC